AUGCAGCUUAUCCUCCCGCCUCGGUGUCUUCUGAGCCGUACUCUAUCCUCACUUAUCCUCAUCGUCCUUCAUUCAUUCAUCCAUCGCUCUUAUCUCGUUUGGCGGUUUGGGUUUUGUUGGAACCUUGUAAAAAAAAAAAAAAUGAGGACGCCCACGACGUUACGGACUUUCAGGCUCGUCCAACGCCGCGGCUUUGCGACAACGCCGCGACGGCUGGCGAGCUAUGGCUUCAUCGGCCUUGGACAAAUGGGAUACCAAAUGGCCAAGAACCUCCAGGCGAAGCUGAGCCCCGCGGACGAGAUCCGCAUCUUCGACAUCAACAAGACCGCCGUCGCGAACCUGGCCAAGGAGAUGGGCCAGUCGCAGGUUGGCGGCGCAAAGGUCGCCGUCGUCGAGACCGCGAGAGAUGCUGCGACAGAAGCUGACACCGUCAUCACCGUCCUCCCUGAACCAUCCCACGUCAAGGCCGUGUACGCCUCCAUCCUCGCCGACCUCCCGGCGAGGGAGCGUAUCUUCAUCGACUGCUCGACCAUUGACCCCUCGUCCUCGCGCGAGGUUGCUGCCUCCGUCGCCGCCGCCACCGCCUCGCAGUCCUCCCCAGGCCGCCAGAGCGUCUUUGUCGACGCGCCCAUGUCGGGCGGCGUCGUCGGCGCCACGGCGGGGACACUCACCUUCAUGCUCGGCUGCGACGCCGGCCGCCUCCCGGCCAUCGAGCCCACGCUCCUGCGCAUGGGCCGGCGCGUGCUGCACUGCGGACCGCAGGGCACGGGGCUCUCGGCCAAGCUGGCCAACAACUACCUGCUCGCCGUCAACAACAUCGCGACAGCCGAGGCCAUGAACCUCGGCAUGCGGUGGGGGCUCGACCCCAAGGUGCUCGCCGGCGUCAUCAACGUCAGCACGGGCCGGUGCUGGCCGAGCGAGGUGAACAACCCCGUCGGUGGCGUCGUCGAGGGGAGCCCUGCGGGGAGGGACUACAAGGGCGGCUUCGGCAUUGGUCUGAUGCGCAAGGAUCUCGGGCUGGCCGUCGUCGCCGCCGAGGAGGCCGGCGCGCGGCUGGAGCUGGCGGGAAAGGCGACCGAGGUGUACGCCGCGGCCGAAGCGGAAGAGAGCUGCAAGGGGCGGGACUUUUCCGUCGUGUACCGGUACCUGGGUGGUAAGGAGUAA